CAUGUUUCCAUUUACUAGUUAUAAAAUAAAAAUGAGAGCAUAGCUGCUUUCCUCAUAAGUAAUGUUUAGGGAAUGAAAAAAUAAACAUGUGAUCAAAUGCUUUGUUGUACCAAACAUGCUGCAUUAUUUGAUUUAGACAGUAUUAUUUUCAGAAGGAAGAAGAAUGAGAACAUUUAUUAAGCAUUUAUUGUGAACUAAACACUAUGCUAGUCACUUUUCAUAUAAUGUAAUCCUUACACGAGCUUAUAAAAGAGAUAUCACCAUUCAUACAAAUGAGGCAAAUGAAGCCCAAAAAGUUAAGGAACUAUCCAAGGGACAUGACUGAACUCUGAAUUGGUAACAUUUCAUAUUGUCACCUAUUAUCUCAAGGCAUUUGGGGAAAGUCUGAAAACAAAUUGAAUUAUCAACUGCAUAUAUAUCUAUAUAUCCAUAUAUCCUAGCAACCUUUUAAAAUAGGGCACAAAAUAUUGCCACAAACCCAAAUAAAUAUAUUAAAUCCCAGUGAACUCAAGAAUCUGACUCUCACCCCAGGAAGAAGAAGAAAAGGAGGACAGCUUCCACACACUUCUAGUGGCUCCACUGAUCAAUUACCCACUUACCACUAAGGAGGAUAUAAUCGCUAUAGAAAUAGAAGAAGACAAAAGAGACCUGAUAUCCUGAGAAAUCAGGAAAUUCAGAGACACAUACAAGAAACUGGGAGAAAGGCAACAAGGAAAUGGAAAAAGAGACAGGAUAUUGAUAAAGGACAGACAGGAAGAGAGAAGGGAUAUAAAUGGGAACAAGAAAGGUGAGAAUGGGAAUGGGAAAGGGAGAGAACGUGAACGAAAGAAGGAAUGGGAGCAAGAAGGGCAAUGGGGCAGGGAUCAUGACUGCGGUUGGGAAAGGAGCUCAGAGCGGAGUAAGGACGGCAGUUGAUCGAGAGGCAAGAGCAGAGAUCAUGAAAGACAAUGAGGACGAGAAAGAAUGUGAAUGGGGGACAGAGAAGGCAAGCAGCAGGACUAUGAAGAGGAUGAAGAAGAUGCAGAAGAACAAAGAAAACCUGAACGAAAACUCAGAGGAAGAAGCUUCUUACCAAGAACGGCUUCAGAACUGGGAAAGCAGAGACCGGAAGGAAACCUGGGAGUACGAGCAAGAGGCUGAAAGAGGAGAGAGAAGAGAAAUGGCAAAAGAAGCUAAAGGACUAAAAGAAUUCUUAGAAGAUUAUGACGAUAUAGAUGACCCCAAACAUCACAGAGGAAGUGUUCUUCAGCAAAGGGGGCACGACAGGGAAAAGGAAAUGGAAGCCAAUGAACGGGACCGAGGAGAGAGAAGGAAGAACUAGAGAUCAGGUAGCACUUCUGGAUCCAGAUGCAGAGCUCCAGAGGCUGGAACAGAGGCUGAGAGGAUGCGGACAAGUACACGUAAAGCAAGAACCAGAACCAGAGGCUGAGGAAGAAGAAUAGCAAGAAAAAGAAGUAAAAUGAGAGGAACCCACGGAAGAGGAAGAGCCAGAGCAAAGGCCUGUCUCAAACCAACUCUGAGGCCAUUGGCUUUGCCCCAUCCAUGUCCUCUGCCAGUGGCAAUGCAGCCCCCAACGCUCUUGGGGAGGAGUCUCCCUGUGGUAUUAUUAUUCCUCAUGAAAAUUCUCCAGACCAACAACAACCUGAAGAGCAGAGACCAAAAACAGCACUAAGUCUUAAAUGUGGUGCUUCCAAUAGUCCUGGUCAGCCUCAUACUGUGAAGGGAAAGAAACUUCUGGUAGACAGUGUUUUUAACAAAUCUGAGGAUGAAGCAGUGAUGAUACACCAUGAAAAAGGAAACCGAUUCCCCUGGAUUACUGUGAGGAUGAUGAAACGCUGCCAAAGGCACUGUAAACACUGAAGAGAAGCAUAAACAGUUAAGAGUCUCAUGGAGAAAAUCCCUACAGCCAAACCCAAGCUCUUUGCUUAUCUCCUGGAUUGGUCUAUUGACAGAAUGAUGGACUAGAACAUGGAUUCAUAAGAAAAUCAUAGAAUACACAGGUGAAAAAGGAGCUACAUUCGUUGAUCUCAUGUGUUCUAAGGUUAUUGCUCACAGUUCAAAUUAUUUUAGAUGAUGUUGCCAUGGUACUUGAUAAAGCAGAAGUUCUUAUAGUCAAAAUGUGGAGAUUAUUGACAAUGAAACAGAAGAAAAUUGGUCUUGUGAAAUAAAACUCUUUAUAUAUUUGGAAAAAAAAUGCCAAUGCUCUUUUAUACAUGCAUGUACACACACACUUAAACUUAUGGCAUGUUUCUCCUCUCCAAUGUAAAUAAAUAAAUUCUCUGUUCAACUGGA